AUGGUGAAGAACAGCGCUUUCGUUUUUGUCAAGCCCCACGCCAACACCGAGAAGGCGCGCGUGGUGGUCAAGGAAGGUUUGGAGGCUAAGGGCCUGAAGGUUUUGAAGGAAGGCCUCAUUACCGGCAAGGAAAUCGACGAGAAGCAGCUCAUCGACAACCACUACUAUGCCAUCGCCUCCAAAGCCACCAUCCUGAAGCCGUCCGAGCUGAACGUGCCGAAAAAGAUGUUCACCGACAAGUUUGGUGGGGACUGGGACGCCACACUCGCCGAGGGAAAGAUCUUCAACGCCAAGGAUGCCUGCACGAAGCUCGGCAUGGACAGCGAACAGCUGAAUACCGAGUGGGCCAAGGCGAAAAAGGCCGGCAAGUUGGUGAAAUUCGGCGGAGGCUUCUACUGCGGACUCAUCGACACGGUUGAAGGUAUUUUUUACUUCUGAGUAGCUUGCUUGUGCUCAGGGUUUGGUAUUCGUAGGGUACUUCUUCUAUACUUUCGACCAUCUUUUUCUUCUGUGUCGUAGCCGUUUCCUUUUGUCUCGACCGAAGGCCGGUACUUCACAUUCAAUUUUGCACUGCUGAGAGAAGCUGCUCCUACUGUUUCACGUGAAUAGUGGAAUUUCUAAUCCCUUUAGCCACGUUAUCGCCUCCAAUUCCAAUUCCAUUUCAGGUCAAGAGCCCAUCUACGUGAUGAACGGAUUUUUCAUGAGCAUGCGCAGCAAUUACGUCGUUGAAUCCGCUUCCCUGUACUACUUCGUCGUCGAAUGGGACUCCAAGAACCUCAGCUGGGAAGAAUUCCGUGGUAUUUAAGGCUACCUUUCUCACUUUGAUGUUUGAGGGAGUAGAAUUUGUGUUGCUGUAAUUGCUAAAGGAGUUUCAUACGUUAGUGACCAGCAUGACCCGAAAGAUACUUGAGACUACCUAGUAAGUACGAGAAAUGUAGUCUGCCAACAGUUUGUUGUAGAAGUAGACGCCACCCAAUAUCAACGCAAAUUAUACUAAUUCAUCAGGCCAAGCCCUCGGGCCGACCGAUCCGGUGACCGCUCCGGAGGACUCUCUGCGCGGCAUGUUCUACAAGAACUGGAAGGAAUAUGGGAAUGUCAGGAUCGAAAUUGACAAAGUCGAAAAAUUUGUGAUGCACAAAAUCGAUGACAGUUGGAGCCUCAGUUUCCAAGUGGCGCAUGACAAAUUUCGGGAGCCCCAAAAUCCAGUCUGUCAUGCUGUUUGGGCAAAGAAGACUGCUCCUGUCAUGCUACUCUGGCAGCGCGCUGCAUACCCCUAAACAGGAUCGCAAUCGGUCUCAGAUGCCUGCUCCCCAAUACAGGCCUUCAGUGCUCUACAUUUUAUGCAUCACAAAUUUUUCAAUUGUGCCGAUUUCGAUCCUGACACAUCCAUAAGGAAUACGGCCUGGAGUCCGUCCCGAAUGUCGGCGACAACGCGGUGCACGCCUCCGCCUCCCCCUUCGAGGCCCUCGCCGAAAAGAUGAACUGGCUCGGCAUGAAGCCGGAGGAGGAUGACUUCGGUAUAAUUACGUGAAGAGCUUUGUUUAUUUUUCAAGCGAAAUUAAUAUAUUGCGUUUUUCAUUUCUUUUUGUUCAGAAGUGACUCUCUCUACGGUCAACAUCUUUUUUGGGCGAAUAGCUGCAAAGGGGCCGGUCGCCUCGAUUCAGUGCAAAUUGUUCUCAUUUAGAACAGACCAACUUCGACGGCUGACGUGAGCACACGAGAAGUAAGGUUUUACCCCUCCAUCAACAGCGCCUAUCUAUCAUUGCACCGCUUCCUUCUAUUCACAGGUAAAGCCCUCCUGAAGAUCCUGGACACGAAGACCUUGGUCGAGUGGGGCCGCGACGCACAGGUUACCUACGGGCCGGUCAGCAUCAAAAAGUCCGUCUUCGACUCUGUCGAGGAUACCGACGCCGCGCAGUGCCUGGCUUUGUUGGGCAUGAUGUACGUGCAGUCCGACGAGAAAUUUUUCCAAGAAACCGUCGACAAGCUCAAGGAACUCAAGAUGGGCGCUUAAAUAUCGGAACGCGAUUGGCGGUAGAAGAAAGUUCCCACUUCAUAAGCCGGCUGUGUACUGCAACCUCUCUAGAAGUUCUUCGAUAUUUAUGUUGAUCAAAGCCACCUCGGCUCAACUCUGGAAAAAUGAUUCAAAUGCAACUCUUACUUUUCAAAACGACGGAUAGUACCUAACGGCUCUAAAGCAAAAACUAUUCAUGGAGUCAUGUCAUAUCUCGUUUGUACCAUCAAUGCUGCAUGUAUUUUGGCUGGUAUUCGUAUUGGUGACCACGCACUGCUAGGGAGAAAGUAUUUCUGCGAAAAUCUCCUUGGCACCAUCGAGCCAUGUGAUACAAGCGUUAUGUGCUGCACGAGCAAGCACACGCAGGCUUGUAGAUGACUGUGUCUGGAGCUCCUGUGUGUGCAGCGCAUAUACAUAUACAUAUUGAAUGCAGGAUGGGAUCAUGGUAGCGUAAAUAUCAAGACGGAAGCAACGCAUUUCAAUUGCAAUCACGUGUAUGAAAAACAACUCUGUAUAUGAUUUUUUUAACGAGCCAACCCACGCGAGAUCAUUCAUAGCAUGGAACCUGUGCAUAUCCAGAAAAAAACACCCAUCCCCAUCCAUUUUGCCAUUUUUUCAAUGCAAAAAAAUCAUGAAAAAUAAAUAAAGAAAUAAAAAACUCCGAAAUAUUUUUUGCAUGGCAUUUGCGAGAAGUACUAAUUGAUGGAGCUAGCUAGUGGCGUCAGUGGCACAUACUUUCGCUAAGUGAUUUUGAGGUAGCUAGCUGAAACCGAGAUCCGAACCACGACCGAGAAAUACAACUCGCCGAAGCCCGUUCUCGUCGUUGGGCACCUCUGGCCCCAUGGAGGUUUUGAACUUUUGGCGCAGUCACGCACAGAUACCCAGAGGUAGAGGACAACCCGCCAAGAACGCCGCGGCUGCACCAUUGGAAUUAGCGGGAGCAGCACCAGCUGCGCAAUUAUCAUCGAUAAUUGCAGAGCAGAUCUUGCGUUCCAGCUCACGAAAAAAAAAGCAUUUUUUUUUUUUUGCAAAAAAAUGCCACGUUUUUGAAAAUGCUCACUUUUUUGAUGGAUGAUGUUUUUUCGCACGACGGUACCACAAAUAUUGGAUCGACCCAUCCAGUCCAUUUUCUUUUAGAAAUGGCUGGAUGGGUCGAGGCAAUAUUUGUGGUACCGUCGUGCGAAAAAACAUCAUCCACAAAAAAGUAGGAAUUGUUGCAAUUUUCAAAAUGACACUAGAAUUUGUGGAUGAUGUUUUUUCGCACGACGGUACCACAAAUAUUGCUUCGACCCAUCCAGCCACUUCUAAAAGAAAAUGGACUGGAUGGGUCGACCCAAUAUUUGUGGUACCGUCGUGCGAAAAAACAUCAUCCAUCAAAAACAAGGUCAAUUUCAAAAACGAAAUUUUUUUGGAAAAAAACAAAAUCAAAAAAGUUUUUGCUUCGGCAGCCUUGCCGAACAGCAAAAGUCUCCCCGUCCGGAAUUUGUAUUAUCCACUCGAACCGAAAGGAGAGCACAUGUCAAAAUCCAUCCCAGGUCCGUCGCGUUCAUCCCAUGUGGCGACGCGGUGGCAUGGCGAUAUGGCCACUACAAAAUGGGCCAAGCGAUGGGGCCAGAGUCGAUGCGCGGCGGCGAAAAGAGGCUUCUGCAGGAUCUGGAAGUCGUCGCCUGCUGCGAUGACCUGCGAUGGACCUAGCUACUUUAAUUCAUGUCAAAAGUUCUUAGCUAUGACGCCACUUUAGCUAUGUCAGCACUAAAGUGAUUGCUUCCGAUGCCGAUUGAUGAAAACCCUUAAAAUUUUUUGAAAAAAAACUUGUUUUUUUUUGUUGAAAAAAUAGCAAAAUGGAUGGGGAUGGGUGUUUUUCUCUGGAUAGUGCAGCUUAAAGUUGCGGCGCAAU